AUGUCCCCGUUAUCGGUGGCAAGCAAUCCUGUAUUUACAAAGCUUGGAGCCAUGAAUGAGAAUAGCACAACUCAACAACAGAAUUUGAAUAUAGGAGCUCAUGAGGUUUUGAACUUGCUUCUGCGCUCAUUAGUAUCAAAGAAACCUCUGUCCGAAACUAUACAGAAGCAUAAUCCUGUACCAAAUCCGAAUUUGAGCCUUUUAAAUCUGAAUCAACUAAUAUUGACACGUAUUGAAUCUCUACUGCUUGGAGACAUGAUGGAUGCGGAGGAAGAAGAAAAGAUUGUUGUUAAGCUGACAAUUAGCGUAUCGAAGAAUAUUGUUUGUUAUGCAGAAGCAGGGGAGGAUUUUUUGCACAAAUGUGUCAAAGAUCUUGAUGAGCAGCACUUGAAGUCAAAUUACCACGGGGAUAUUCUACUGGGUCCUAAGAUUUACCCUGGUUUUUGCUACGAGAACCGUCUUUUAGGAAUUGAGGAUGGCCCAGUGGCCUCAUAUUAUUAUGCAUAUUGGCCGGUGGAUAUAUUGGCUACUGAUAAAACACUCAUCGCUUCUAAUAACGCAGUGACACUUCCACUCAAAUUGAAGCUUGAUAAAAGUACUCAAGGGUAUUUGAAAGCAUCAACGGCGUUCAUUGUAACUGACAAGCUGAUCAUAAGGCCUGCAUCUCCUUUUUUUGGCUUUUUGAUUAUAAAUGAAUUGAAGGUACCUUUCACUGACAUAAAGGAGGAAACUGUUGAGGUUGGCAAGAAGGAGGCUUUGCAUCCUUUGGUGGCUACUUUUCUUAGCGACUCUGCUCUAACCGAUGUCUUCAUUAGGCAGCUGAAUCAAGAGAAGUCUAUAAAGAGAGCUUGCUUAUCUAUUAAAAGAUGA